GCUCGCUUUAUCCUUUGUCGUUUUGACUGAAAACAACAUUUUAUCGUUUCUUAAAAAAUAAUACUUCUCGUCGUCGUUACUUGUUAAGUUUUAAAAACGGUUCGGUUUCACUUCUCAGCAGCACUCUGCCAUGAUUUUCAGGGAAGCUAGCUAUCGUUAGCCGUAAGAGCUAGCGUUCAUCAUCCACUGUUCAGGGGGAAAGUAGUGGAGUCUCUGCCCGUUGAUUCAGCUGUGUGUGUGUGUGUGUGUGUGGAGGUGGGGGGGAGUAAACUGGAUUAAACAUGGAGAAAAGUAACCGUUUUAUAGAGCUGUUCCACUAUCUCCAAGACCCCCACUUGGUCGCCCGCUUUCAGCGCAUUUGUGGGGUACACGGGACUUUUUCUAGAAGCGUCGACAGCAGCAAGGAAGCAGACCGGACUCACUCGCACAACAACGGGGCUUGCCAUCAUCACAGCGCGGGGGGGCAUGAGAGGGAAAACAUGGGAGCUGGAGAAGGAGAGAAAGUGCAAACGACUGUAGGGGGGCUUCGGAAGAGGAUUGCUGAUUCUAAUGUCGCGAAAAACCACGAUGAGGAGGGGGAGGAUGAAAGUGCCCCUCAGAACGGGGCAGUUGUGUCUGCAGCGACCGCCGGGGGAGAGACGGUUGCCGUGGGGGGUAACGGUCGAAUUUUAUCCGGGACCGGGCCGGAGGAGACGAUAACAGAUAAAGGCAGUAGAGACCCGGGACCCCCAGGAAGCAGCACUGUGAAACCCCUCCGCAAAAACUCUCUGACGGGCGACGCCGGGCAGGAGUUCCUGAUCGAGAACCGGUUCUUGUACUACAUGUUCACUUUCGGAACCGAGCUGGGCAACGAGCUCUUCUACAUCACCUUCUUUCCCUUCAUCAUGUGGAACAUGGACGCCUUCGUGAGCAGGAGGUUGAUCAUGGUGUGGGUGUGGGUCAUGUACCUAGGACAGUGCACCAAGGAUGUGAUCGGGUGGUCUCGACCCGCGUCACCUCCUGUGGUCAAAGUGGAGAUGUUUUACAACUCGGAGUACAGCAUGCCCUCUACCCACGCCAUGUCGGGCACUGCCAUCCCCUUCUCCCUCUUCUUCUUGACCUACGGCCGGUGGGAGUACUCUUUCUCACUGGGCUUCAGCUUGGCCCUCUGCUGGUGUCUGCUGGUCUGCGUUAGCCGAAUCUACAUGGGGAUGCACUCUGUCCUGGACGUCAUAGUCGGCUUCCUGUACAGCGUCCUGAUCCUGCUCUCAUUCCUGCCGGCGCUGGACAUGAUCGACGGCUUUAACCUGACCUACCGCUACGCCCCGCUCAUCAUCAUCGCCCUCCACCUGGGCCUGGGCCUCUUCUCUUUCACCCUGGACACCUGGAGCACCUCUCGAGGAGACACAGCUCAGAUCCUGGGUACAGGCGCCGGCGUGGCUCUGGCCGGUCACAUCAACCACCUCCUGGGUCUAAUGCCUGACCCAACGCCAGACCAGCUUCCCUUCACCAUGCCCGCCCUCAGCCCCAGCCUGGUGGGUGCAGCCUUGCUGCGAAUCUUCUUGGGUGUGCUGGUUCUGAUUGCCACUCGGGCGCUUAUGAAGGCCAUCACAAUCCCACUGGUGUGCCGGUUGUUCAGGGUGCCCUGCGACGACGUAAGGAAGGCCAGGCAGCACAUGGAGGUGGAGCUGCCCUACCGCUACAUCGUCUACGGGGCAGUUGGCUUCAAUGUGCUCUUCCUCGUCCCGCUGCUCUUCAGCUACAUGCAGCUUUCCUGAUUGGGUGUCAGUUCACUUCCAGCUGUUUUUAGAUCAGAUAGCCCAUCCAGAACCCCAUUCCUUUGCUCCUUAAGUUGGAGCUGAAGUGAAGUAAAGCCUAAACUUUUAUCUGAAUGCUGGCAUGUUCUGAGUUUUUCAAUUUCCCCCCGUUGUUGGUCCAGGUUGGGAACAAUGAACCAGGUGAAGCACCUGUGGCGAGUGACAUCUCUGUGUUGUGCCCUUUAAUUAAUUCUAAUUAAUAAUUAAGCGGCUCCUCGUGAUCCCAGGACACACUGCGACGGAGCCUUACAUCCACUCCUUCUCUGCCAGCUUCACGUUAAAGAGCAAAACAUUCUUAAACAGUUGCCUCUGAAAGACUGAGAAUGCCACUGACAGUGACUACUGACAAACCUUUUUUCUGCCCAUUGCUGUUAUUAAGAGUUCAGACAAAGAACCACACAAGUUUCUUUUGGGAAGACUGGAAUGUUUAUAGCAUUUAAAGUGCUUCGUAUUAGAUAAGAGCUUUAACAACUCAACAGUUGAACUACAAUUAAUUUCAUCAUCCAUUUAUCUGGUGACUAUAGUUUUGAUAACAUCAUUUAGGACAACAUUAAAUUGUGUCAUGUUUAGUCCAACCAACAGUCCAAAAACAAAAGAUUUGUGGUGACAGUUACAUCAAAUUGAUUGUUGGAUAGUUGAAGACAACUCUUUUUUGAUGACUUGAUUGAUCAGCUUGUUGUUUUAGCUCAAGUUCAGUGUUCAACUUUGUGUGGUUCUUUGUGUGGAAGCCUCUUAAUAUCAAUAUUUGACUUCCUCCUCUCACCGCUUAAAGCAAUAAGAUUUAUGAUUAGAUACUUCCUUAUUCCUGUUAAAGAGGUCAUGGGAAAUGUGAGUUUUCUUUUAUUUUGGACUCCUGGUGGAGGAGAAACCCCUAUGAUUUUAGCCCCUGAACUUUGAUGGAAAUAAACCAGCACGAGUCAGGAAUAAGAGUCAGAUGAUUUUCCAAUUGUUGUUAACCUGUGCACAGUAUUUUCUAAAAGGGCUUUCACCACUCAGUCUGCUCUGUUUUCUUCUUCUGUUUUUAUCCAGACUAAUUAUUGUCUGUUCACUGCGCGGAGAUUGAUUGGUAUUCCUGCGAGGAAGCAAUGACCUGGCACAUACUGCGUAGGAUUGAGAAGGAAGGAAGGAAGGAAGAAAGAAUCACUUUGUUUGGGAAAUGCACAGAAAGGUUUUUGAAAUAGUUUUUUAAGUGUGAAAGAUUGCCAGGGUGACAGAGGUCUGUCUACUUGCCUCAGCAUUUUUUUUUCUAAACACUGUAAACUGGCUUCCUGUUUGAUGAUCUGGAAGGCACGCUUCCACGUCCUGUGCAGGGGACAGUCUCGUGUCAGCAGGGAGGAGGCAGAGAUAACGCUGCUCUCAGGAGGGAAGACGUGUAGAGCGAUGGGGGGAGGUCAGGGCGAGGAAGGGAGAAUGGUGAUACAACUCUGGCAAAAAUAUGACAUUUUGUAGCAUUUGAGUUUUUUUGGCCUUGGAAUUCAGAAUGAUGAGGACAUUUUUGAAAAAGCAGUUAAAUGUUUUGAGAAAAAGGCUUUGACUGUGACACUUGAAAUGAAAAACUACUCAAAGCAGGUUCAAAUUUGAAGAAAAUGUAAUUGAAUAUUUUGUAGCACAAAGCAAAGUACGGUCAGCCUUUAGGUCUCAUCUUCCAACACAGACAUAAUUAUCUUUUUCUUCAAACACUACAUCUUAAAAUAUCCGGACUUCAUUUAAAAUUCAUUCUGAAACAUUUCAUUUUUUUUCUCUUAAACUUUUACAUUUAUCUUGACUUUUCCCCCUUAACCUUGCCAGAACAUUUUUCAUUAUCAUAACAAGUUCAUCAUGAAAAAGGCUUACAUUGAAGCUCACUUUUUUUUCCACUCCAGAUAUUCUUGUCAGAGAUCAUUAAAGACGGAGCAAAGUUUUGAUUCAUCAAUAACUUUUCCUGAUUGCAGCAGUGACGAAAAGGAGAAGCAUUGUUUUGCAAAAUGUAAAAGGUUUCUGAAGUUGAAAUCUUGAAUUGGAAGCUGAUUUUUCAUUUCAAAUCAGAGCAAUUGGAUUUGAUAAACUUUACAAACUUGGAAAUUCUAUGUAUUGUUUGGCAAUACAACACAUGCUCAGUUAGUGUUUUCAUGUCAGGGAAGUACCGCUGAUGAAAAUUAGAAUAUCUGAACAGUCAAAGAUUAGGAUUAUAAUUUCACUGCCAAUACAAACCAACAUGAUCUGAUGGAGACAAGACAAGACUCACUUCUGCUGUAAAGAAAACCAAAAUGUAUAUUUCAGUGUUCAAAGUCUUCUUUUUAACGCUACUUUAGCAUUAAUUCAACAUUCUUGUUCUGAAAUUUGAAGAAAGAAAAACAGACUCCCAUAUGGACUCCAUCUUUCUCUCUCCCCGUCGUCCUCUUGCACUACAUCUGAGUCACAGUAAUGAAUGAAUCUGUAAGACCACUGACCAUCUGAUCCUUCGGUGUAGAUUUACCGAUUUAUUUUUCCCCUGUGCUUUAUUUUUUAAUUAAGGUGGACUCAGUUUCUUCUCUGGUUGUCUUCAAGUUUAUAACAUCAACUGUAAAACAGUUCAGCUGUUUGGGCGGAAAGCAAAAACAUUUCUGCACAUUUUCUGGAAUGAACAUGUUUUUUUAUCUAUGAGCUGCUUUGUUCAGGACGUCCAGUUCAGGUUCAACGACUGUAUGACCAAGUGUGAUUUUUUUUUUUUUUUUUUGGGGGGGCUCCAAGACUCAUCUCUGAGAGCAGACGUGUGUCUCAAACAUUUCGGUGUACAGUUUUCUUACUGAACCACUCACUUUGAGGCAAUACUGACAGAACAUCUGGAUGGAAACCAAAUGUUCCAUCACACAUUCCUGCAGCAGUUGUGGGUGAAGUGCCUUGCUCAAGGGCAGUUUGUUUCACCAGCUGGCGGUGCGUUCAGGUGCUGCUGCCUUCUGAGCUUUCUCCUCUGAACUGAACACCAACACAGUCAAAAAGAAACAUUUCAUGCUUUUUGAUUUGCCUCAGUGUGGACUCAGCAGGAUGAGCUGGAAGUGUAACAAGCUGACUUCUAUGAUGAUGAUGUUGUUGUUGUAUACGGUACUGUCCUUAUAAGAAUGCACUGUUCCCAGAAUGCACUGUGUUCCCCCUGAGCUGGGCAGAGAGGGUGAAGUUGGGAAUAUAAAGUUACUUUUACUUUAGUAAAAGGACCUUAUACUUCUCCCACCACUGACAUUAAUGACAGUUGACGUUCUGUUGAUUGAUUCAUUGGUUAUAAUCCUUUUGAUAAACUGAUGAUACAUUUUUGGCACUAUUGCAGAAUUUAAAAAAUAUUAAGGAGCAAUACGUCAGAUAUCUACUGAAUUGAAUCAUAAAACGACCUUACUAAAUCAUCAGACAUUAAGAAAACAUGAUAUUUUUAAGUGCCGGCUUCUCUGACAACACAGCAGCAGCCAGUAUGUCCUCCUUCUGAGUUUCCAUUCCGGUCUGGUUUCUAAAAAGCUUUAUGACCAGAAACCUGGUAAACGUAGAUGGUUUAGAACGCAGAAAUGUUUCAAGAACGAUGCAGAGCUUCCGUGUCCGCGACAUGGCGACCUGCAUGGACAUCGACUCUAGGGAGGAGGGGGCGGGGGGAGACAGUUCUCUCUAGUGUUUUGAAUUUGUACUGCAGUACCCAUUUUAAACGCUAGGUGUCAGAGUUCCGUAUUGCUCCUUUUAAGUAUCAUUUAUUUUGUGAAACAGUUUUCCAAACAUGAUUUUUCUCUUUUAUUGAUCACAUCAGUACACUAACCGAGUUGUAAACCCAGAAAUCAUCAGAAAUGAGACCUUCAGCGACAAGAUGAUUCUUUCUAUAUCGUGAUUACGUCACAUAUUCAUAAUGAGUGACACAUUUCACUACUAAAUAGGAUGAGAUAUUUUGUUAGAAAACUACAUACACAUCUCCAGGAUCAAAACCAAAAGUUCCUCACAUGAGCGUUGAAGGCUUUAGAUGCGAUUUUUUGAUCCAGCAGAUGUCGCCCUUGAGCACCAGCGUGAAACCAAAACAACUUGCGGUGCAUUGUUGCGUUAGCAUGCUAAUGCUAGCGAUCUUUAUUAUGCUCGUAUCUUCACACUGCAUGUAAAUUUACCCGAAAUGAGCGUGAUCUAGAAAUGCAGUUAAGCAGUGAGUACAGUAUGGUAUUCUUCUUUUCUCUAGUCCCUCAAUUAAACAACUUUCAUACAAGAGGGGAGGAGUCAGCCGGCCGUCCCGACGAUGUAAACAAACUGAAGAUAGAACUCGGAAAACUCGGAAAGCAUCACAGACAGUGGGACUCGGGUGUUACACCCAUUGUAGACAGUCAUUACUCACAGAGUUAUUUCCAGAGGAUAUACUUGAUUUCUAUUAUAUUUAAGUGUGAAAAAUCGCAUAUAAAGCCUUUAAACUAGAUUCUAAAAUGGAUUUCUGCAUAACCUGCCAACAUUUGACAAAACUCAAAAGACAGCACAGAUUGAUCUGCUUCACCAGUGUGUUUGUCUGCCAGUUGUUGGUCUCUUUCAAGGACGAUGAGAUUUCCCCCUCCAGCUUGUUUCACUUCCUGUGGCCUUGCCUCUUCAUGUGUCUAUAUUUCAGUUUUUUAUUGCGAUUUAUUUUUCUUUGUCUAAAUGUGGUUUCCUUUCUUUGCCAAUGAAACGGGAAGUGUGGCCCUCUUUUGUUUGUGUUAUUGGCUCAGCAUUAAGAAAAACCAACACUUUUUAAACCUGUGGUGAAGUCAUGUGUGGGCAAAACGUCUCAAAUGUUCCAAUAGAUUUCAAUAAGAGCAAAAUACUUUCCCACCAGUUUCUAUAUACGUUAAAACAUGUCUGCAAGGCACGGAGAGAAUCGUUCAUGUUCAUUGUUUAAAAUAAGAACGUGUAGAUUCACUGUUAAACCUGUUUUACAUUGCCAUAAGUCUUUUUGCAAAAAUUGCAGAGAACAUUUGCAGAGAACAUUUUUUUCCCUGCAUACCUUUGUGAUACAUGAUAAGAGCAUCGGUAAUAAACAGGAAAAAGUGUAAGUGUUUAAACAUGUGUUGGCUGUGGACUUUACAUCACAGCAGGAAGACGUUUCCUCUGCAGAUGGAGGAGCGAUCAGAGUAACAAGAUUGAUAAAUUAGAUAAAAACCAAACUUCCUGAGUCUGAUUACAACCUAUCUAUGUGUGUGUCUGUGUGUGAGAUUUACACUGAACUAAACAGUGCUUCAUAAAAAAUUUGAUACAUGGAAACUUGAAUUGGCUGAACAGGAGGUUGGGCCAGAAGACCAUAGAUGUUUUAUGAAAUUUCUUCAGAUUAAUCAGAUAAUAAACUCAACGCAGAACGGUUAAAAUUAAUUACAGAGAUUGUUUUAGCAUCAAUGAAUCCUCUUGUAUGGUUUUGCAGGAACAUUAUUUGGAGAAGUGCUUCCAAAAUUUGUUGUGGAAUCCAGUUUCUUUGAAGUUAUUUAUUAUAAUAUUUCAAUUGGGAGAAUCAGUCUUAUUUUGCAUGUUGCUAAUUACUGUUUAUUGAAGUUGAACAAUUUAUCUGGGAGAGUCAACAAUGAUGGUGAAAACCCUUCAUUGUAUUUGUCCUCACCUGAGCCUUGCUUCAUUUGGUAGGAGCUACAUUUUUCUGUUUACUUAUUUUACCAUCCAAAAAGUUGCAUUGCUUUUAUUCCCAUUAUUUCAUAAUAAGUAGAAACUGCACAACAUUUUGGCAUCUGAUGAAGUUCUUAAACUGCCCCCUGUUGUACUAUCGUCCGAAUAUAUUCACAAGACCAAGUUAUUGUUGAUUGUUUCUAAGAAAACACCAGACAUGGGUAAGAAUGCCCAAAAUUAAGUUUUUAUCCAGAUUUUAUCAGAAAAAAACCCAAACACUGAUGUAGCACCUUUUCUUGACACCCAAAUGUCUUCUUAACUCACUAAAAUAUCAGGGAAUGUAUACGUAAAUAUGUUAAUUAUCAUUUCUAUAAACUGAAGAUAGAAACACUUUCAGCUCCUUUGAGGCCCCUGGAGGCUGAGGGCUCUGCCAGCUUUGUUUUAAUAUAUGAACCUGUUCUGAUCUCAGAGACUUUUAUAAAAAAUUAUUUCCUUCUUUGACCAAAUGUAAAGUAGUUCAACUGUUUAGCUUGUAGCUCGGUUAGCUGAAGUUCGCUCCACGUGUGCCUUUAUUGCCUUUAUCGUUCUUCAGGAAGAUGAUUUUAUGUUCCAUGUGUAAACUGUGGUCCUGAUUUUGUUUUUUUUUAAAUUCUCUUUUUUCUGUCCUGUUGUGUUGCCUUUUGCACUUUGUAGUUGCAUUCAUGUGGAGGGGAAAUGUUUCCUGGUUGAUUAUUAUUCAUUUAUAAGAAAUAAGCUUUUAGCUUCCCACACUGCUGCUUGUUUAUUACUGCCUUCACUCACAAAGCAACAAACUGUAAUUUAUGUCGAUUUAGUCUGAAUUAAAAGAGUAUUUCAUUUUCACAUUUUGUCACAUUUGCAUUUUAUGACUUUUUGCAUGAGAAAAUGUGUUAAUGAGUCACAGAGUAAUGUCCUAAUUCAAAUGAAACAUGCAUUGGUUUGUCUGUUUGGUUAAAGUUCUCAGUUCAUUCAUUGUUUCAUACAGUCGCUUUCUCAUGACAUGUUUUAAGUUCAAGAAACCUCAUUUUUACACAACUGGCAGUACUCUUUUCAACAAUGGGUGUCAUUUUGGAACCCCUUCAUAUUUCCACAUAAUUUAUUGUGAACCACUUUGAAUUGUUCAGUGGUGUCCUAAUGUGACUGAUGUGAACAUCUGAGGACAUUUUAUGCAGUUUCACAGUAUUUGAUAUACCCAGAUUGUUUUGUCUGAUUUGAUUCAAAAUGAAGAUGUAUUUCUGUCUGAUUGUGUGAAAAUAACUGAAAUAAAAAAUUAUGAUAAAUGAAAGUUUAA